AUAAAGCCCCACACGGGCCGCCCAGGAGUCCGCCCUCAGUGCCCUCCGUGCCUGUGAGACGCCGCAGCCCCGGGCAGAGGAUGGAGCCCGAGGAGUACAGAGAGAGAGGAAAGGAGAUGGUGGAGUACAUUUGCCAGUACCUGAGCACUGUGCGGGAGCGGCGUGUGACUCCGGACAUCCGGCCCGGUUACCUGCGAGCCCAGCUGCCGGAGAGUGCUCCCCAGGAACCUGACAGCUGGGACAGCAUCUUUGGGGACAUCGAGCGAAUCAUCAUGCCUGGGGUGGUGCACUGGCAGAGUCCCCACAUGCACGCCUACUACCCAGCCCUCACCUCUUGGCCGUCGCUGCUGGGAGACAUGCUGGCCGAUGCCAUCAACUGCUUGGGAUUCACCUGGGCCUCCAGCCCUGCAUGCACGGAGCUGGAGAUGAAUGUCAUGGACUGGCUGGCGAAAAUGCUGGGACUCCCAGAGCACUUCCUGCACCACCACCCUGGCAGCCAGGGAGGAGGCGUCCUGCAGAGCACAGUCAGCGAGUCCACCUUGAUCGCCUUGCUGGCAGCAAGGAAGGACAAAAUCCUGGAAAUGAAAGCAUCUGAACCCGGGGCAGAUGAGUCCUCCCUGAACGCCCGGCUCAUUGCCUAUGCCUCUGACCAGGCUCACUCCUCAGUGGAAAAAGCUGGUUUGAUUUCCCUGGUGAAGAUGAAGUUUCUGCCUGUGGACGACAACUUCUCACUCCGAGGGGAGGCUCUUCAGAAAGCCAUCAAGGAGGACAAGGAACGGGGCUUGGUGCCUGUUUUUGUGUGUGCUACACUGGGGACCACUGGGGUCUGUGCAUUUGACUGCCUGUCAGAGCUGGGCCCCAUCUCACCUAUGAAUAAGGCAAAACCAUUGAUAAAAGCCGUGGAUAAGUCCGAAGACAUUGUCCGUUAUUAUUCUUUCUCUCUAUAUUUACAAUUUUAGGGCACUGAAAUGGCAAAAUAUUUUGAGUCUCUGGUCAGAAAUGACCCUUUCUUUGAAAUCCCUGCCAAGAGGCACCUUGGCCUGGUGGUUUUUCGCCUAAAGGGUCCUAAUUGUCUCACAGAAAGUGUAUUAAAGGAAUUAGCUAAAGCUGGCCGUCUCUUCCUCAUCCCGGCCACUAUCCAGGACAAACUGAUCAUCCGUUUCACUGUGACAUCCCAGUUCACCACCAGAGGGGACAUCCUGAGAGACUGGAAUCUCAUUCGAGAUGCUGCUACUCUCAUCCUGAGUCAGCACUGUACUUCCCAACCUAGCUCUCAGGUUGGGAACCUCAUCCCCCUAACCACGGGCCCCAGAGCCUUGGCCAGUGGGAUGUCCCUUCAGUCUGCCAAUGGGGCAGGCUAUGACCAAGCCCAGGCCAGGAAGAUCAUCAAGCAGCCUCAGUGUGUGGGAGCCAGUCCUAUGAAAAGGGAAGACAGCUGCCAUCUUGAAACCCUCUUUGACCCACUUGAUGAUGACUGCUUUUCAGAAGAGGCCCCAGACGUCGCCAAGCACAAGCUAUCCUCCUUCCUGUUCAGUUAUUUGUCUGUGCAAAAUAAGAAGAAGACCGUGCGUUCCUUCAGUUGCAACAGCAUGCCUGUGAGUGCUCAGAAGCCACUGCCUGUGGAUGGCUCCGUGAAGAAUGAUGGCUCCUCCAGGGCCAGAAUCUUCUCUAGGUUCCCAGAAGAGAUGAUGAUGUUAAAGAAAAGUGCCUUCAAAAAACUCAUCAAGUUUUACAGCGUCCCAAGCUUUCCAGAAUGUAGCUCUCAGUGUGGGCUCCAGUUGCCCUGUUGCCCUCUGCAGGCGAUGGUUUAGACCAGGGGUUUCAGCCAGAAUCCAAGAAUGUGUUUCAGGGAGUUGCUGAGCCCCUCAGAAUUGUAUGCUGAAUUAGUGUGCUUAUGUGUAUGUGCAUUUUUCUUAAGAGAGAGCCCAUCACUGUAUCAGAUUCUCACAGAGGUUCAUGACCCAUGACAAGAUACAAAUGGGGAGCUUAAGGCAGCAUGGUACAGAAGGUCCCAGCCGUGUUUCUCUCUGGUCAGAGAGAAAGGACCCCAGGAAGUGUACUGACAGGCAGCUUCUAUGGUUCAGCUUGUGAUGUGAAAUAUAUUAUAGAAAUAAAUUGUACUUGUCCCUGAAA